UGAAAGAUCUACAUUAGAUACUCAUCAUACUGAUAGACCUAGAAAUCUAUAGUGACAGUCCUAGUCCUAUACUAUAGGCUAUAAACUAGAUUUUACUAGAUCUAUAGAUAGAUCUAGAUUCUAGAAUAUUUAGUAUAGAUCUAGGCCUAUCUACUGAAAAUCAAUAACUGACUUAGAAUCUUCUUCUAUUCUUCUUAACUUAACUCUAGAUCUAAUCUAGAUAAAUAUAUCGAUUUAAAUCUAUUAAUCUAUUACAAUUUAUUUUUAUAUACUUUUUGAGUUUUGAGUAUACUGUAACUAUAGUCUAUAGUAUACUCAUAUGAAUAUGUUGUAUAGAUCUAGAAUCUAAUCUAGUCAUCAUCAUAAUCCAUAUAGUCUAGAUCUAGAUUAAUCUAGAAAUCUAGACCUAUUAUAAUAGAAUUUAGACCUCUACUCUAAUCAAUGAUAAACUGAUAAACAUUUAUAAUGUCUAACACUAGUAGUAACACCAACGCUGUAGACCUGACAAAGCUUUUCUCACGGAAUUUUGAGCUUCAGAACAUUAACGACGGCACUAUCACAGACAUAACAUUUGAUCAAUCAGCUGUUGGUGAUGUUGGAUGUGUGGUUUGGGAUGCUGCACUUGUUUUGUGUAGUUACAUUGAUAAAAUACGAAAUGUGGUGCAAAAUAAAUCAGUUUUGGAAUUAGGUUCAGGAACUGGUGCUGUUGGCAUAGUUACAGCUGCUUUAGGAGCAAGGGUAAUAAUCACAGAUCUUCCAGAAAUUGUUCCAUUUAUGAAUCACAACAUUCAAUUAAACCAGAAAGUACUAAAGGACAGUUGCUCCGCCCUGGAGCUGAGAUGGGGAAACAAAGAACAAAUGUCCAAAGUUAAACAGAUCCAUUUCUCUGAAGGUGUUGAUUUUCUAUUAGUGGCAGACUGUGUAUAUUAUGAGGAGGCCCUUGAGGAUCUGGUCGACACUAUUGUUUACUUUGCUUCCCCUGAAACUAUUGUCUUGUGUAGUUAUGAAGACAGGGAGCUAGGAAAUAAAUCUGAGCUGCAAUGCAAAUUUUUCAAGAAACUGUCUGAACAUUUUACAAUAACAGAAAUACCAAUAGAAAAGCAAGAUCCACUUUACAGCAGUCCUGACAUUCAUAUCAUGGAAAUGACAUUAAGUCAUCAAAAUAAUAAAACAUAGUCACAUGUUUAAA